CAGAGUUAGCCGAGGGCAUCUGCGCAAUUGAUGCCAUGUCAUUUUUGCGUGUUUUUUUUAAAAUCUAUAGAUUGAAACAUUCAAUUUAACACGGAUUCUUCAAUCAUUACUCAGUCUGAUGAGACGUUAACGAACGUUCUGUUACAGUUGGAAACUGGUUUUAGUUACAGGUACCGGUAGUUAAUUCAUUGCAACGUGUGCCAAUUUGAUUGGGAAACCUACGUCUAAAUUUGGAUGGGCGGUCAUUAAUUUGUUUGUUUGUCAAGACUGAUUCUGUGACUUAAGGAACGGACAACUAUUCGAAAGUUUUGAUAUUUUGUGUUAUCGCUCCUGUUUCUGUUGAAAGCCAGGAUGCGCCCGAUCGUCUGAUACACGUUGUUAUUGUUGACCACCUCACACGUGAUCUUUUGUUUACAUCAAGUUAGCAGACGAUCAAAUCAAUUGAUAAAACUGCCAUUCAAUCAAAAUGAACGGAAGAGGCUGCAAGCGAUCAAGCUCUGGGACUAACUUUUCCCAAGCAGACGACAGGCAGAAGCGAUACAGAAAGGAUGAAGCGGACUUUUCUGACGGAAAGAAAACAGGGCGGCCAUGCGCCGCAAACGCGGAACGUGAACGCUCACGCGUCAAAACGCUGCGCACAGCGUUCCUGGACCUUCAAAGGACAUUGCCUUCAGUACCAGCUGAUACUAAACUCUCAAAGUUAGACGUUCUUGUUUUGGCUACAACUUAUAUUGCACAUUUAAUGAAGACUUUGAAUGAUGAUGUUUCUGGUGACGACGUGGCUGGAACAAGAUGGGCACAGAAUGUUUAUCACCCAAUGAAGAAAUGGCCGAUGAGAUCUCGUCUGUAUCAAGGGAUUACGUCACCGGAUGCUGCGUUACAAGAGCAGACGAUUGAAGCAGCUGAUAAUCGAUUCAAUACAGCUCAUUGUGGGCAGAAUGGAGCAUUUGACGGAAAGGUGUCUGAGAAAAGCUACACGCACAUGGACAGUAUGCUUCAUGAAUGAACCCUUGUCAAACGGCAUACGGAUUUAGGUCUACCAAACUUAAGUUCAGAACUACAUUUUUGUACAUGCAUAUGGUUCGAAAUCCAACCACAUUUUUGUGACGAUAAUCAAACUUUGAAAUAUUGGUCUUAAUAUUUCCGGUCCAGAAGUUUGAAUUCGACCAGAAAUUGUGACUUUCUAGAUAUGACCGAUUUUAUAGUAUGCAAGUGAUAGAGUUGGGCCGGAAAUUUUGAUUUAUUUCUCUUCAAAAUUAUUAUUCGACUCCAUCAGAAGUAAUUUCCGGACGAUGGAGUCAAUUCUACUUUGCUGUAAAGGUUAAGUCGAUAUUUGUACCAACUAGGUUUGUUUUUGUUUGUAGAAUAAU